CCGAAGUAGCAGUGAGUCCCCAAAAAUGAAUACCUUAACCCUGAAAUUUCCUUAUAAUCUUCAUCCAAAUUCACUCAAUUACUCCACUAAUAUAUCUCCCAAAUUCCCAAACAAGUCUUCAUCGUUUCAUCCUCUCUUCUCUAACUCUAAGGGAAACAUUUCUCCACUAGCAUCAAUGGCUGUCACUGCUGAAGAGGUUCUUCCCCCUUCUCUCGAUUCCACUUCUGAACCACCCCCUCUUUUUGAUGGAACCACCAGGUUGUAUACUUCUUACAUAUGCCCAUAUGCACAGCGUGUCUGGAUUGCUCGAAACUAUAAGGGAUUGCAGGACAAGAUCAAAUUAGUUCCUAUUGAUCUUGGGAAUAGACCUGCUUGGUAUAAGGAGAAAGUCUAUCCAGAAAAUAAGGUGCCUUCAUUGGAGCAUAAUAAUAAAGUCACAGGAGAAAGUCUUGAUUUGAUUAAAUAUAUUGAUAGCCACUUUGAAGGACCCUCCCUUUACCCCGAUGAUCCCAACAAGAGACAGUUUGCGGAAGAGCUGCUAUCCUACACUUACACCUUCAAUAGAGCUGUGAUAUUUUCCCUCAAGGGAGAUUCACAAAAUGAAAUUAAUGCUGCUUUUGAUUACCUAGAAACAGCUCUUUCAAAAUUCAAUGAUGGGCCUUUCUUCCUUGGCCAAUUCAGUCUGGUGGAUAUAGCAUUUGCACCAUUCAUUGAACGAUUUCAUCCUCUACUACUAGAUGUAAAGAAGUGUGACAUCACCUCAGGAAGGCCAAAGCUGGUAUCAUGGAUUGAGGUAAACUGCAUGUCACUUUUUAUAGUGUUAUAUUUGAAUAUUGGCAGGUUAAAAUUAUUCGCACAUAUGUGGCUUAUUAGGUUUCAAAUUUCCUUCUUUAAUUUUCUUUUCUCGUGUUUGGUUUUUAUGUGUGUAUUGGGAGGGACGGGGGUUGGUUUGGAGUAUAAACUGUAAAGACUCUCUGCUUCUGAGAAGUUUUCAGUUUCUCGAAACUCUUGACGAGGUUACACAUGUACCUGUAAACAUGAUCUUUGGGGGACUCGUAGUUUCAGGUUGAAGAACCAGUAGUAGCUGUUAACCCAAUUUCGGAUAGAAAAUCACCGGUGGCUGUUGAACCAAGCAGCCUGAGAUGCUGAGAUUUCAUAUAGUUUCCAAGGUAAUGGAAGGAUUCAGGAUCUAGGGAUUAGAGCAUGGAGACUUAGUUUCCUGUACAGGCUAUAGCAAAGAACUUUUUGAGGUAGAGAGUGGAGAGUGCUAUGGGUCUAAUUCAUGUCAUUUUUACUAAGGAUGCAUGUGGAAAGAUGAUUAGGAUGAACUUAGAAAUUUUAUACCAGAGCCUGGGAGUGUCCUUUUUUCAAAAAAAAAUAAAUAAAUAAAUAAGAGAGGUUGGGGAGUCAACCUGAGAUAUCAAUUUGGUUAUCCGCACAAGAAGGCCAUGGCAACGUAAGUUAAGGCGGGUGCCACACUCUAGAAAACGUGAGAUGACCCAAGACUACAUAACUAUAGUUGGCUGGAAUAGUUGGAAGCCUUAUCAAUACUUGAAUAAAUAAGUUCAUGAAGAACAAAAUUAUGAAUGAGAUGCCUGCGUUUGCCUCCUAUGUAGUCACAUGUCAGAAUGAAAAUUGAAAAAUGUUAAUGACAAUGACCAAAUUAUUUUGUGUGCCAAUAUACUGAAAUAGAACACCAAGAUUAAUUUAGUGGUUGGUAUUGUACACCAAGAUUAAAGUACAAGCUAAGAUUGGAUGGUUAGAAUGAACCUAGAAUUUUGGUAUCAUGACUAAGAUUCUCACCCAUGAUAUCUCACUUCCAUUCUUUCAUGUAACUGAAGAGGGCAGACUUGAAAUCUUUCCGACCUCAGCUGUGAUUUCGUUUCUGAAUUUGUGGAAACAUAGACAUAUAGAAAUUUCUCAUUACUUUUUGUUUGCCAUAGCAUUUUGUUUGCCCUAGCAUUUUAACACAAUUUCAUCUUCUAGAAUGGAGUCAAAUAAUACAUGAUAACCAAAGAAGAAGAAACUUUUACUUCUUGAAAUUUAGGGGUGCAAGUAAAAUAAAAAAAACCAACAAACCAACCAAAACCGAUUAUAUUGGUUCUUGUCUCCUAAUCGAUAAAAACCGAACCAAACUAAUAUUCUAAAACUUAUAUAUAAUUGUUUGAUAUUUGAUAAGUUUUUUUUUAUAUUAGAUUCUAUUAAAGUUAUUCGUUGUUGUUUUUAUAUUAUGGUCAAAUUAAUUUUAAAUGCAUUUAAUAUAUAUUUAACAUCAAUUUUUUCAAUUAAUUUUAAAAACAAAUUAGACUUAGGACCUAAUAUAAACUCAAAUUAAUGGGUGUUGGAUCCAAAAUAAACACAAAUCUACAAUUAGGUUGAGGACUAAAAAAGACCAUUAAAUUGGGUCGAAACUAAUCCAUGAAAUCCAAAUCAAACCGACCUUAAAAGGCGUGGUUUGGUUCAAUUUUUCACUCCAAAUUUGAUCGGUUCAAUUGUUUACUCCAAACUUGCUCGUUUCGGUUUUUCACUUUAAAUCUGGUUGUUUUGGUUUUUAUCACAUGUAAAACUAACUCUAUUGGUUCGGUUCAUUUCUAAUCCAAGAAACAAUCAAAUCAAACUUAUUUACGCCCCUAUUAAAAUCCUAAAACGGUCUCAUUUCAGUAGAAGAGGUGAACAACAAAUGGGCUCGACUCAAAAGUUCUGGAAACCUUUCCUAGAUGUUUACAAGUCACUGAAUUUGAGUGGCAUGUCACUGCCACGAAGUAGUACUAAAAUGAGCUCCAACUCUCUGUAUUGUCCAAUUGAAUAUGGGUGGUCGAUGUUUACAUAUGUAAUCUUUGUGUAGGAGAUGAACAAAAUCGAGGCCUACAAACAAACAAAACGUGAUCCUCAGGAGCUUGUUGAUGCCCUCAAGAAGCGCUUUAUGGUAA